CCUCCCUCCGCUACCCUCCAAAAAGAUUCGCAACGCCACUUACCACACCCGCUGCCAGCUAAGCCACUCGUCUCCUUGGUCCUCUCUCCUCCCCUUCGCCGAAUCGCCGAAUCCUUUAUUCAUGGCUGCCGCCACUCGGAUUCCGCUACCGCGCCCUCCCGAUACGCCACCGGAUCUUUCGCUGUUACAUUCAUGCCGAAACGCCCGAAGUGCCGCUCUCCUCUCCCUUCCCUCCUCUAUAAAACCCUUCCCGAAGAUUUCGAUCGGGAGGCGUCGCUCGAGCUGCUUCGUCGCGGGAUCGGGCACGGCGAUGGGGGAGAAUGCCGUCUCGGAUGAGAGGAUGCUGGUGAUGGUUCCGCCACAUCCAUUGAUCAAGCACUGGAUCUCUGUUCUCAGAAACGAGCAGACCCCGUGUGCCAUCUUCAAGAGUGCCAUGGCUGAACUUGGGAGAUUACUGAUAUAUGAAGCUUCAAGAGAUUGGUUGCCUACAAUCACGGGAGAGAUCCAGUCACCCAUUGGUCCUGCUGCUGUUGAAUUUAUCGAUCCACGUGAGCCUGUGGUGAUCAUUCCCAUCUUGAGAGCUGGUCUUGUGCUAGCCGAGCAUGCUCCAUCAGUUUUGCCAGCAACAAAAACUUACCACCUGGGCAUGCGUAGGGAUGAGGAAACGCUACAGCCAUCCAUAUAUCUGAACAAGUUACCUGAUAAAUUUCCAGAGGGAUCUCGUGUACUUGUUGUAGACCCUAUGCUCGCAACUGGUGGCACCAUAGUUGCAGCUAUCGACCUGCUGAAGGAUCGUGGAGUUGAUGGCAAGCAAAUAAAAGUUAUAUCUGCUGUUGCUGCCCCUCCAGCAUUGCAGAAGCUCAGCAAAAAGUUCCCAGGGCUUCGUGUAUAUGCGGGAAUAAUAGAUCCAGUGGUGAAUGAGAAAGGGUUCAUUGUCCCGGGGUUGGGAGAUGCAGGAGACCGCAGCUUUGGUACCUGAAACUUGGCAUGCCUUCGUUUCCACUUAUUUUCUCUCCAAAAUAUCGAAGAAACCUUCAAAUUCAGUUGCAUUUGUAUGGUUUCUGCCAGAUUUUUAUGCUGAGCAUUUCGCAGAAUCUGUCUGUGAUGGUUUUUGCUGGUUACCUGUAGUGUUAGUUGAUUCCUUCACCCCCAAUUGCCUCUUAAGGUGGCAUGUAAAAAGUUACUUCUCGUACCUUGGAAUGAGAUCCCUCAAUUGCCAUUUAUGAGAUGAUCAGAUGUUUUAGGUGCUUUGGAGA